AUGGGAUGUACCAAGGGGUCCACUUGACAUGUAAAAUGCACACAUUGAAUGAAUGAAAGAAUGUUCACGAAAGUUCACGAGUUUUGCGAAAUGAGGCGAGGCUCACCUGUCUAUAGAGGCAAUGCAAGAACCCCCAACUACUUCAAACUUGAAGGGCAAUAGACAGCUUCGCAAAUCUGUCAGGUUAAGCACAAAGCUCAGCAAGUCUUCCAAAAAACCAAAAACCAAAUGCGAGUGGGAUGCAGAUGUUUCAGUUUCCGACGAGCCAAGGACAAAGGUCACUGACCAGCCAGAUGGAUCUGUUCCAAACCGAGCCUUGGCUGAAGCUAAUGUCUGUUCGAAGAGGAGGAAGAAGAGGAUGCACAGUAAGUCUUCUUCAAUAAAGAAAAAGAGGAGUAAGCAUUCAACUGAAGAUGAAGAUGAGCAGAGUGAUUGGAGAGAGGAGUCUCCGUUUAGGACAAGGAAAAACAUGUCUGAGGAGAGGAGAGCUCUACACAGGGUACAUGAGAGACAGCGCCACCAGAGUCUGAAUGAUGCGAUUCAGGAACUAGUGAAGGUACUGCCUCCUGGUGAUGUCUACAGGAAUGUUACCAAGUUCAACGUGUUACGAAAGGCCAACGACUACAUCGAUUUCCUGCAAUCCAAAAUUAAUAAUCUCUGCCUAGUCGAAAGUAUUGAGCAGAAGAGAGAAGAUUGCUGGCUCAGCUUCAAUGUACCACUGAAGGCAACAAUUGAUGGAAAGGAACUGAAAGUUCCUGCAUCCACCCCGAUCAGUCCCAAACUACUACGUGAUAUCAAAAGGUCAGCUAAGAUUGUCUCCGCCAAUCAGCAGGCUGACAAAUUUGCAUGGAAACCAGACAAAGUUAGAACACCUCAAACACCACUGCCAAGGUACUCUGGAUUGCGAUCGAAAAAGAUUCCUCAUGAGAAAUUAAAUCCUUUUGUCACCCAAAACACCCCUGCAUGUAGACUUUCUAAGGAGGUUCCCUACAAAUGUUUCUCUAAGAUUCCGGAGAAGCUUCCCCAUGCUGUUCAAGGAGGUUACCCCAAAAAGGUUCCCCACACAGAUCUAGGAGAUCACUCCAGCGAUGUUCCCUACAUGGAUCCUGGAAGUUACUCCAAGAUGGCUCCCCACAAUAAUCCAGGAGGUUGCUCCAAAAAGGUUUUCCACACAGAUCUAGGAGGUCACCCUGAGCAUGUUUCACACACGGAGCCUGGAAGUUACUCUAAGAAUGUUUGUUACAAAAAUUCAGGAGUUUCCUCCAAGAGGGUUUCCCAUAGAGAUCUAGGAAGUUACUCCGAGAAGGUUCCCCUAACAGAUCUAGGAAUUCACUCUGUGGAUGUUCCACCUAUGGAUCGUGAAGGUUACUCUAAGAAGGUUGAACACAAAAAUCCAAGAAGUAGCUCCGAAGAGGUUUCCCACACAGAUCCAGGAGAUUACUGUGAGAAUGUUCCCCACACAAUUUCAGGAAGUUACUCUGAGAAGGUGCCCCACAAUAAUCCAGGAGGUUAUUCAAAGAUGGUUCCCAACACAGAUCUAGGUUACUCCGUAAAGGUUCCCCACAAAGAUCCAGGAGGUUUCUCUAGGGAAGUUUCCCACAUGGAUCUUAGGCCUCCAACUCCCCAAAAUGAAGACGUGCUUGAAAGUGACCAAGGGGAAUUAGUUGUUGAUGAAGAGCAAAUGUCCCCCAGAAAAAGUGACGUAGUGGAAAUUGACAAUCUUUACACUUUUAAACAAAUACCAAAGGAGUCAUCAGUUUCCCUUCCCAUUGUUUCACGAAUGUCAUCCCAGCGCCGCAAAAUCAAAAACACUUGUCAGAGGAAAGUAGCAUCAUUAGGCCAUGCUCCAUCGACGUCUCUUGACAGAGAACAGAGGAAGAGACUUCUGGAUUACUAUAUCAGUGGAGAUUCCUCACCUGAUUCAGCAUACUCAGCGCCUGCUAAUAUGUUUAGACCAGGUUGGCUAUCUCCUGCUAAUGCUAAGUCAGGAUCUAAUGUAGAAUCUGAGGGAGAAACAUCAUUUCAGACUCCAUGUUCUAAUCACCUAGAACAUUCUUACUCUGCCGAUUCCCAUCAAUCAUACCCCAACAGUGAAGCAAGAUUGCCAAGUGAUCUUUCCUCAGUCAGUGAUAAUGUCAACCAACCCAUAGAAUCCUCUCAAGAUGAUUCAUCAGAGAUCAUGGCUUCACAGGUGAAGACUCACAGUAUGGGACCAGGCUAUCUGUGUGCAAGUGAUCGUCGUGUCAGUUAUUGCCAGAUUGACCAAGAUCACAAGUCCAACGCUACCUCAACAGCAAGGCCAACUAAGGAGACCACUUUAGUCAAGAAUGCUGAUCUUGGUUGUUCUCGCGUUUUGCAAACAAGUGAAUUAACUCAACCAAUGAUAGCCACAUCAGUUCCUCUCUUAUAUUCCAAUAUUAAUGGCUCCACAAACCCUUCAGCCAAGUCUACUUCUCUCAUGGGAAUGGCUUCUAAUGAUACGACUACCACAACACCUUGUCGUUCCUUGACCUCAUCUAGUUCCCUUCCCCCAGCAGAAGCAUCUUUCUUGCCAUCCUCAAAUAUGAUGACCACGACAACUUCAGGAAUUGUUCCUAACCUAUACUCUUCAGCCAUCCCAACUGCUCUUGUAAAUCAGUCAACCACAACAGGUGCUACAUUUCCAUCACAGAUCAUUAAGAUGUCAAAAUCUAGUGAAAACAAGCUUCUUCAUUAUUCAAUCAUAUUGCCAACUUCCAUCGUGAAUCCAUCAACAGUACCAACACUCCAGCCAACUCUGACAAAGCAGCCGAUAUUGUCAAGAAAGACUGAAUCACUUCAGUCUUUUACCUUCAUGCCAUCAACCCUUGCACAGUAUUCACAAGCAGCCACAACCCCAAAGACUCCAACUUCGUGUGAGACAGCUCUGCUUCAAUACUCCACAGUCUAUCCUGCUGCACCGGUACAUCAAUCAGCAAAACCUGCCAAACUCCCAAUCAGGAACAACUGGACAUCUCAAACCAGCAAUUCUGGAUCACAUCGUUACCUAACCUUCAUGCCAACUACUCAGAUGCCAAAGAACAAAUCAGCAACGAACCUGCCAGCUACAACCUUCCGGACAAGCGUGGUACCAGAACAACAUACAGUCUUGCCAGAUGCUGUAGUGCGCCAUUGCGGUGUACACAACAAGAACGCAGCAUUGCUGUCAUCUGCCAAGACUAUAUCUCUUCAUUACUCUACAGUCCUACCUAACACUCAGAUAUAUUAUACAACAGCUACCAGCAAAGUCAUAACAACUCAGCACUUGAGAACAACUACUGCAAGCAGGGUAGUACCUCUGCUAUUUUCAAACACUGUUGUAUGUCAGUCGACAGCAGCAUCUACUGUGCCAGUUCAGAAGGUGCUGAUGACUUCAUGUGAGAAUACCCUCCUCCGUAGCCCAACUGUUUUCUCAUCUUCAAUGACACAACGUGGUUCAGAGAAACUCACUUUUAUGCCGACAACUCAUCAACAAGUAGCUUCCACAUCCACAUUGCCAGUUCCAUGUUCAGCUGACAAGACAUCAGCUUAUCAUUGUGCUGCUCCCGUGCUAUCUAAAGUGACCACCUCAACCAUGGCCACUGCCACAGCCAUGACAACCAACACAACCCCUGUCUCAAGGAAUUUUCCUCAAAUUUUGCCAAAUACUAUCUUGCAUCAUACCACAGUCCCAACUACCCAGCCUCUUGAAACAGCACAGAUAAUGACUGCAUGUGAGACAGCAAAGAAUUAUGUGACAACUACCACUUCAAGUCAGGCCAAUGUAUCACCCACAUCGACAACCUCAGAACAGACCACCCCUGAGGGUUUUGUCCCCAUUCAACCAGCCACCACUGAAUCCACCGAUACUGCACCAACGGCUCCAGCUUUCCAACAGGUGACAAUCUAUGAAGCUGCUGUAGACGUGAUACCGCAGAAUAACCAAGCUACAGUAGCCAUCGCCCAAACAUUGGUGGUCGAUGCUAGUUGUCUUCAGUUUGAGGAGUCUGAGAGUCCGCUAGAGAUUCCCAGUGGAAGUGAGUCUCCCACCUUGACCCCCACAGCGGCCUCUGGUUGCUCCUUACGUCGCUCUUGGAUAAAUGGAUAUCAACUCUUCACCAAAGUCAAUCAUCCAAAGUUCAGGGAAAAAUGGCCCGAAUUGCAAGGACGAGAUAUUACAAAAUUAUUGGGCCAGGUGUGGAAAGAACUUCCAGGAGACUCCAAGAAACACUACAGUCGCAGAGCUUGUGAGUGGAACCAGUGGCACCGAAGAAAGAGAGAACCUAAAAACAAACAAGGCAAAGAAGAAUAGCUCAGUUGACAUAGGCCCUUUUCGAAAACACGUCUUUGGCUGUGGAUUCGGUUGUUUUUACAAUUGCGCGUGCUUUGCGUAUGUGCUCAGGGCUUCAGACGAGCAAAUUGAAAUGGAGCCUGAAGCCGAAGCCAUAGGAUUCGAAAAGGGCCAUAUUGUCUCUAAGAGUGUCUUAGAUCUCACAGAUUGUGAGCUCGGUGUAUAUAUUGUACCUCCUACAUGUAUCAAUGUUUGACAAGUAAGGUUUCAGAAAUGUUUUAUACUGUCGAGAGACUUGUAUUCUAAAGGAACACAUUGCAUCAGAUCGAAGAGUUGGUCCAUGAAAAGCAGUUGAAACCCAAUUGUCAAAAGGUAUAUGGUUGGAAAGAUGUUUUAAAAGUAGAAUAUAAUGAUCCACACAAAAAAACAUCAAAAUUGUGCGAUUUUCCUUUUACAUCCUGAACUAACAUGGCAUGUCAUUUUGUGGAGUAAUUUUUGUG